CGCCCACAUCGCGCCGAUCUUGCCAUUUUCGAAACCAGCGCGCAACACUAACGACGCCAACACCGCCCUUCAUGGCGCACCACGACCCAAAGGCUGCCGCGGCGCGCCGCGCUUUGUGCCAGUUCAAGGGCUGCACGAAAUUUGCCCAGACCCGCGGUCGAUGCAAAGCCCAUGGUGGCGGCACGCGCUGCAAGGUCGAGACGUGCAUCAAGCUCGCGCAGAGCCGUGGGCACUGCAUCGCGCACGGCGGCGGGCGCAAGUGCCACAUCGAGUCGUGCGACAAGCUCGCGCAGAGCAAGGGCUACUGCAUUGCCCACGGGGGCGGUCGCAAGUGCGCGAUGGAGGGCUGCGAAAAGUUUUCGCAGAUCAAGGGCAAGUGCAAAGCCCAUGCAAAGACGUCCCAGUCGCCACCGGCGACGCCACGGUCCCCACCUGUGCUCCACCCCCUCCCGCCGCUCAUUCACGCCAAAGUCUCGGCGCUGCAGAUGCCGUCCAGCAUCAGUCUCAGCCCAUUGCGGGCCUGCAUUCGCCGACCGGAAGCCACCGCUUGCUCGUUCGCAGCGCUCUUUGAGCCGUCGCCACCAACCGCGUGACCGACCAAAAUGUGAUGCAUAUCGCCUUUUUGAUGGAUCCGAGAAAAACUACACUAAUUUAUUUCAUAAAUCUUCCAAAUACUUACGAAAAUUGAAAGUUAG